CGCCUCCCCGCCCGCCCCACUUCUCAUUCACUUGGCUCGCUCGGCGCAGACAGCGCAAGUAGCACACACCGCCAGCCUGUGCGCAGAGAGGGAGCCAGCCGCCGCGGGGACACCGGGCCAUGCACGUUCCCAACUAAAGCAACACCUCCAAGCCGCAGCUCCUAGUAGCCUGGCACAGUUGAAGGCGCUCAGGCUCACAGGAACCUUCCACGUAGAGACCCUGGAAGCCGCCCUCCAGGACAGUCCUCUCGCCCCGACGCUGCGCUAAGUGCAGACAGCAGCGCGCAGUGGCCCCGGCUCUCCGCGCAAUGGAGAGGAUCCCCAGUGCGCAGCCACCUCCUGCCUGUCUGCCCAAAGCGCCAGGGCUGGAGCACGGAGACCUGUCAGGGAUGGAUUUUGCCCACAUGUACCAAGUGUAUAAGUCCAGGCGGGGAAUAAAGCGGAGUGAGGACAGUAAGGAGACCUACAAAUUGCCGCACCGGCUCAUCGAGAAAAAGAGACGUGACCGGAUUAACGAGUGCAUCGCCCAGCUGAAGGAUCUCCUACCCGAACAUCUCAAACUUACUACUUUGGGCCACUUGGAAAAAGCAGUGGUUCUUGAACUUACCUUGAAGCAUGUGAAAGCACUAACGAACCUAAUUGAUCAGCAACAGCAGAAAAUCAUUGCCCUGCAGAGCGGCUUACAAGCUGGUGAGUUGUCAGGGAGAAACAUGGAAGCAGGUCAAGAGAUGUUCUGCUCGGGCUUCCAGACAUGUGCCCGGGAGGUACUUCAGUACCUGGCCAAGCACGAGAACGCUCGGGACCUGAAGUCCUCACAGCUUGUCGCACAUCUCCACCGCGUGGUCUCUGAGCUCCUGCAUGGUGGGACUUCCAGGAAGCUGUCAGACACGGCUUCCGAAGCAAUGGACUUCAAGGAGAAACCCAGCUCCCUAGCCAAAGGCUCAGAAGGGCCUGGGAAAAACUGUGUGCCCGUCAUCCAGCGGACUUUCGCCCCCUCGAGUGGGGAGCAGAGCGGCAGUGACACGGACACGGACAGUGGCUACGGAGGGGAAUCGGAGAAAGGCGACUUGCGCAGCGAGCAGUACUUCAAAAGCGAUCCAGGACGCAGGUUCACCAUGGGAGACCGGGUCAGCACAAUUAAGCAAGAAUCCGAAGAGCCCCCCACCAAAAAGAGCCGAAUGCAGCUCUCAGAUGAGGAGGCCCAUCUCACUGGCAGUGACCUGCUUGGUUCCCCGUUCCUGGGCCCACACCCACACCAGCCUCCCUUUUGCCUGCCCUUCUAUUUGAUCCCACCUUCAGCGACUGCCUACCUGCCCAUGCUGGAGAAAUGCUGGUACCCCACCUCCGUGCCAGUGCUAUACCCGGGCCUCAAUGCCUCGGCCGCAGCCCUCUCCAGCUUCAUGAACCCAGACAAGAUCCCGACUCCCUUGCUCCUGCCCCAGAGACUCCCUUCUCCCUUGGCACAUGCAUCCCUCGACUCUUCUGCUUUACUGCAGGCUCUGAAGCAGAUCCCUCCUUUAAACUUAGAAACCAAAGACUAAACUCUAGGGGAUACUGCUGCUUCGCUUCCCUUCCUCCCUACUUCCAAAAACACACACAGCCAGUGAUUCUGUGAGCGCAGCGAGACUGGUCCACUGUGCGCACCGAACUAACCUGAGGCGCGGAGAGAAGACUCAGGGUGCGUGUGUGAGAGUGUGUGUGUGUGUGUGUGUUGGUACAAAGACAAAGCGCCUGUUGGCACAGGUAAGGCACAGAGGACGACCUGACAUCAGAAGAUGUAGGGGGGAUUGUAGCAGAAUCCUGGGCUUUUCCCUACCUGAGGAGAGCCCCCUUUGAUACAAAUCAGCUGGAUUUUCACAAGCUGCUGUGAGUCACUCUUCAGUUUUGGGAGCCAGGUCUGUGGCAUUGAGAAAAAGGUACUUUCAAAAGAUGGUUUUCCAGAGCACAGCUCCCAGCCAGCUCUUAGGACCCCACCCGUCUCCCUUUAUUGUGGAAGUGACUCACAGCAGACCAGGAGGACAGAGCGGUCAGACUGAGCUUUCUGCAAACGUGGUGAGGUAGCAGACACUGGCAUGUCACGGCAGUGGUUUGGGGACUCCGCUCCCCUCCCCUGCCUUGGAUAAGAUGAUGUAGUUCCCUACUCAUGAACUGAAAAUGGCCCUGUGUACUAGCUGAACUGCCAGCGAACAGGACAUGGAAGUCCCCAGGCUUCUCGCACCUGUUUUGAGGUCCAACUGUUAGGACAUGCUGUCCAGGGAACCAACGGAGGGUCUCCGAGAUGCAGAUGCCCCAAGCGCCCCAAAGUGCACACAGCUGAAUAACCAAUCACUACCUUUAUCGCGUAGCUAGACGCAGUUUUAAUUCCAUCCUGGAGUUCUCAACCAAGCUCAAGCUUCUCAGAGGCCUAGCCAAGCCUUGGCGUCUAAGAUCCUUCCCGUAGGCUAAUUGCUCUUGCCUGACAGCAUAUGGAGUGUCCUUACUGCUAAAAAGGAUUCUGUCUCCUUCAAGGAAGUUUUAUUUUUUGAUUCAGAGUCCUUGUUCUGACUUGCCCAGCCAGCCCCGCACCAGCUUUUCGAAAUGCACUAUGCUUGAUCGUGUUUUAACCAUUUUGUUUUUAUUUUGGUAUAAAGUCAUUGCCUUUAUUUGUAAAGCUGUUAUAUAUUAUAUAAAUAUAUUAAGGAAAAUGUUUCAGAUGUUUAUUUGUAUAAUUACUUGAUCUACAAAGAGAGAAAAAUGAAUGUAUUUCUGUUUUUGAAGAGAAUAGUAGUUCUUUUUCUCUAGGGAGAGGAGAGGUACAGUGUCUAUAUUUUGGAGCCUUCCUGAAGGUGUGAAAUUGUAAAUAUUUUUAUCGAAGUAAAUGUUAAGUAGUUGUUUUAAAAUACUUAAUAAAAUAAUCCUUUUCCUGUGGAAGAGAA